AAUACAUGUUGUCUUUAUUAUCAGGAAGUCAGUUACUUGAAGACAGUAUUUUUCCUUUUCUUUGCAUCAUUAGUUCUUUGUAACUACUUGACAAAGUCUGGUAUGUAGUAGAUUAUUAAUAAAUGCUUGUUGACUACCAAUUUUAUUUUGUGCUUUUAUUGUGUCUAUUGUAAUAACCACCUGAUUUCACACUUACCUACCCAUCCAUUCCAAUCCACCAUAUAUACUCACACUAUAUAUAGAUGUAGACUGAACAUUUAUUAACCACUUGUUUUAUUAUUUAUUACAAUUAUUGAAGGCAAUAACAAAUACAUAAACAGAUAUUAAGAAAUGGUUUGCCCAAGGUCAGCUGGUUAGCAAAUAGCAAAGAUAGGGAGUAGCAUCCAGUCUUCUUGUACUUCUGGUCCAGAAUACUUUCCAUUAUAUCAUAGUACUUUUCAAGAUUAAUCUUCCAAAAGCACUUCAACAACAAUAACAAUAAUAAUACUAGCAUUUGUGCAGUAUUUUAAAGCUUGUAAAAUACUUUACAUAUUAUCUUAUUUGAUAUCACUACUCUACUCAGAAACCUUGAAUGGCUCCCCAUUACUCAUCAAAACUCCUUAGCCAAGGAUUAAAGAACAAUCUAGAUCUUUCCAGCUUAUUUCCCACUACUCCAUUAUGUGAUUCUUUUUCUGCAUCUAGACUAGAUGACUAAAGUCAAGUCAAGAAGCAUUUAUCUUGUUUUUUAAAAUUCUAUUUUAUUUUAUUUUUAGGUUCACAUUUUCUCACUUCUCUCUUUCUCCCCCCUCCCACUUGAGAAAGCAAGAAAAGAAAAAUCUUUACAAACAUGUAUAACAAAACAAAUACCCAAAUUAGCCACGUUCUACACACACACACAAACACACACACACACACACACACGCCUUUAAAAUGCAGUCUGAAUUUCACACCUCUAUCUGGGGGUGGUCAACAAGAAUUUAAUAAACACAUACUAUGCGUCAGGGACACAUGCUUUCUAUUUCAAGCAUUAGAGACACAAAGAUAGGUAAAAUUAGUCUCUUGCCCUUAAUGUAAUGGGGGAGACAACAGGCAAACAAACUACUAUGUACAUAAAAGACAUAUGUACCCACUUGGAGGUAAUCUCAGAGAAAAGGCAAUAGUAUUAAGGAAGACUGGGAAGGAUUUUUUGCAGGUGCGAUUUUAGAUGGGACUAGAAGGAAGUCAGAAAAGAAAAAAAAGAAUUUAGAAGAGUAAGCAUUUCGGGCGGGGAUUAGUUAGCCAAUGAAAAAGCAUGAAAUAGUGUCUUGUUGAAAGACUUUGGCAGGAGGCCAGUCUCACUGGGUUGCACUUAGAGGUAGUAAAAUCUAAGAAAACUGAUCAGGAAGGAAUAAUGCUGGUUAUGAAGGGUUUGAAAAACUAAACAGAGAGCUUUAUAUUUGAAUACAGAGUUAAGGAGGAGCCACUGAAGUUUAUUCAUGGAAGAAGGUAUAUGACCUAUUACACCUGUGCUUUAAGAUCAUUUUGACAGCUGAAAGGAAAAGAAAUUGGAGUGGAAAGAGACCUGAAACUAAUAAUCCAUGUGAUGAGGGUCUGGAAGAAGGUGGUAAGAAGUAGUAUAGGAGAGAAGAGAAUAUGCUGUGAAGUACAGCAGUUUGAACUUGGAAACACAUUGGCUAUAGAGCAGAGAUAGUGAGAGGUGGAGUAUGACCUAGGUUGCAAACCAGGAUGAUUGGAAGGAUGCUGUUACCCUGGAAAAUGGCAAUAAGACUCUUAGAGAUGGGAGAAGGAGAGAGUUCAGCUUUGCAUAGGUUGAGUUUAAAGCCAUCUACACGACUUGGUUUCUAAACACACAUUGCCUGCCUGCUCCUUUGCUCACGUUGUCUCUGUCUGGAUUCCCUUCACCUCCUCAUUCUCCAUAUUAAAGUCCAAUCUGUCUUUCAAAGUUCAAUUCAAAUGUUACUUCCCAGAUUGAAGAUUUCCCUGAUACUCCCUAUUGAAAAUGAUGACCCUCCCCCUCAACCUUUGCCAUAUGAGUGAUGUUAUUAGUAUUUUGCUAAGUAUUUAUUUAGUAUUUAUAUUUCUUGAGAAUGGUAUUAUAUUUGUCUUUACAUUCCUCUCCCUACCUAGCACAGUGCUCUGCACAUAACUGGAGAUGGGAUUUUAAGGGGGACUUGAAAGAAGCUGGGAAAAAUAAAUGGAGAAAUUGAAAAGGGUGAACAUAAGUCUUCAAUAAGCAGGCGAUUAGGAGGCAUUCCAAGUCAGUGUAGAUAAAUUUCCAAAAAAAAAAAAAAAAAAAACCUUGCUUCAACUUUGUUUUAGGGGCGGUUUGGCGGGGGAAGUGUUAGUUUCUAGACAUCUUUUGUACAUUUCAUGUAUUUGUCGACUUACAUUUCAUCAUCAAAUCUGUGUCUCUGAAGCGCAUGUAUGUCCACUUCUCCCUCAUCUGUAAUUACAAGCUUUCUAUUCUCCCCUCAAUUGCUUUUUGGUUAUGUCCUUCAUUUAAUUCUCUCAGAGAAUCAGGACCACAGAGAUGAUUUUGGAUACUGCUUCACACCCCUAGUCAGAGAAGCAGUCUGAAGAUUUCACGUGGCAGUAGGGCUGGGAGAAAAUCCUGAACAAAAGUACCACUAUGGGCUUUCUAAUUAUAGCAAAGCAUUUUCCAUCUUCUUCCCUGAGUCCCAUCCCCUUAAAUAAUGGAAUUGCCUAAAGAAUCCAGAGUUAGGAAGUGCUUUUCCUGAGGAGUCCCCCCUUUCCUCCCUGUCCCGUGUAAGCAGGCUUCUGAAAUACUAAUAGGUUGUAGGCACUAAAUAGAUGUGGGGAGACAUCUGGGUCCUGAACAAAGUGGAGAGGAGAAUCUUCUUUCCUUGCCCUGAAGAAGCAAAGGGAAACAGUAGGGUCACUGUCCCCUGAAUCUCGCUCUGGGGAGAAGUCCGAGGAAGAGAAGGCAGUGGGAGGGGAUGGGGAACUGGGCUGGGCCAGGAGGGGCUGCCAGUGGAGGCCGGGGGCGGGAGUUGAAAUGCCCAUCACUUGGGGACCCGUUGGAAAGUAGCACUUGCACUCCCCUCCUGGUGGAGCUUCGCACCUCCCCGACCAGUCAUGGCCGAGAGCUCAGACAAAGUGCCCAUCGCCCUAGCAGGCCCAGAGGACGUGGAGCAGUGUCGCCCACCCGCGUACACAGCGGUGGCAGUGAGACCCUCCAGUCCCGGGCGGCUGCUCAAGAUCGGAGCCGUGGUCCUCAUUUCGGGGGCGCUGCUGCUGCUCUUCGGGGCUAUCGGCGCCUUUUACUUCUGGAAGGUGAAUGACAAACAUAUUUACAAUGUCCAUUAUACCAUGAGUAUUAAUGGAAAAAUACAGGAGGGAUCAAUGGAAAUAGAUGCUGGGAACAACUUGGAGACCUUUAAAAUAGGAAGCGGAGCUGAAGAAGCAAUUGAAGUUAAUGAUUUCCAGAAUGGCAUCACUGGAAUCCGUUUUGCUGGAGGAGAAAAAUGUUAUAUUAAAGUUCAAGUGAAAGCUCACAUACCUCAGGUGGAUGCCAAGACUAAACAGAGCAUCAGCUCAGAACUGGAAGGCAAGAUCAUGCCAGUUAAAUUUGAAGAAAAUUCUCUGAUCUGGGUAGCUGCAGACCAGCCUAUUAAAGAUAACAGCUUUCUGAGUCCUAAAAUCCUAGAACUUUGUGGAGAUCUGCCUAUUUUCUGGCUUAAACCAACACAUCCAAAAGAAAACCAAAGAGAACGAAGAGAAAUCUUGAGAAAAAUUCGUCAAGCUACUACAAGAAGAGCAAACAGUGGGCCACAGGGUAAUUCAAGAUCUGGAAGGCCAGUUAAUGAAACAAGGCCCAGUAUUCAGGAGGAUACAGAACCCUUCAAUCCAGAUAAUCCUUACCAUCAACUAGAAGAGGGUGAAGGCAUGACAUUUGACCCCAGACUAGAUCACGAAGGCAUCUGCUGCAUUGAGUGUCGGAGGAGUUAUACUCACUGCCAGAGAAUCUGUGAGCCUCUUGGUGGAUACUUUCCCUGGCCUUAUAACUACCAAGGUUGUCGCUCAGCUUGCAGAGUAGUCAUGCCCUGUAGCUGGUGGGUAGCCCGUAUUUUGGGUAUGGUAUGAGAGGGUUUCCUAUCCUAGGCACAAUAACUAAGGCAAGAAAGAAAAUUAAUGAAAUGAGACAACAGCUAAAGUAUGAAGAUUCUUGGAGUUGAAGACACUGAAGUAUAUAAUCAUGUGUCAUAAUUAGGUCAUUCUAGAUGCCUUUUUAUUUUCUAUUGCUUUAAAUUUUCAAUGAUUCAAAAUGUAUUUUCUCUCAAUAUGGGAAAAAUCCACCAAAAAAAAAAGGGGGGGAGGGGGGCAAAAUGACACUAGAAACAUACAUUAAUUUCUUUCUUUUUCGCUUUACAAUUUGUUUAUAAAUACCAUCAUAUCCCUC